AUGAAGCUCGACGCCAUCUCGUUACGUGUUCUUUCUCUAUGUGUUUCACUUGUUGCCUCGCUCCAGCAGGAUGAACUCCGCCAAUCAAGCGAGACCCUCGCCGAUCCUGGUCACAGGCACGAUCGUAUUCAGCCAGCGUCCGAACAAGAGCAGGAGGACUCGGAUUCAUAUUUCCCGUGGACACACAAACCAAUCUGCACAAAGGACGUCGAUGACACCGGAGAUCAGUUCUGCGUCUACACCAAUGCAUCCUUCAGCAACGGACGUGGCAUCUCCAUCUUCACGCGACCAGCAAUCGCGCAGAAGUUUGCAUCGCUGCCGCCGUUCCAGGAUUCUACGGCACUGUCCUCAAAUGGUAUCAACCUCGAUUAUGACACAGAAGAUCUGCCAUGGUACACGGCGUCCGUCCCAGGCAAAGGAAUGGGUAUGUUCGCCUCGCGGCCACUCCAACGUGGUGAUCUGAUUACCGCGUAUACGCCCUGCCUUGUCACACAUAUCGGGGACCUCCGUUUUACCGACGAUCGCGAGAAAAUGCUCAGGCUAGCGAUCGAUCAACUCCCGCCAGCAACUAGGGAUGCUUAUCUCGCGCUGGCCAAGGUCUACGACGAGCCAGACGUCAUGGCGCAGGAUAUCCUGAAAGCGAACGGAUUUGAGAUGAAACUCGGCGACUUGAUGCAUCCGGCCGUGUUCCCAGAGGCCUCCAGAUACAACCAUGCCUGCGCGCCAAACGCGCAAUACUUCCUUUCCGCCAGCAUGUUGACCCACUACGUGCACGCCGUACGUCUGAUCCAAAAGGACGAGGAAAUCACCAUCUCGUACGCGCCGCCUCUGCGUCUCCACGCCGACCGGCAAAAACACUUCCAGUCGAUCUUCCAGUUCACGUGUACCUGCCCGCGCUGCUCACGCACAGUGCAGGAGUCCGACAAAGCCACCCAAGACAUCGCCACGCUCCAGUGGGAGCUUUCUCAGGGGACCGCCCCCGGCAGUGUCAAGAAAGCCGAGCAGCUCGUCGACUUGUACAAAGCCGAGGGCCUGGAUGGGUUCCUGGACACCGCGUACGGGUACGCCGCGCUGGCGUACAACAGUGUGGGCAGCACGAGAGGAGCCAUGAAGUACGCCAAGUUGGCAGCCGAGGCUACGCGACUCAAGUACUCGGUUGACGAGGGGAUAGGGAUAGAGAAAGUCAGGGGGUGGGAGAGCAUGGCCCGCGACCCGAUGGGUCAUCCGAGCUGGAGGAAUAGGCGGGAGAGAUCGUGA